GGGCCGCAAUGUGUUGUCUUUCGACGGUCAUUGUUAGUACGAUGAGCGACGCCUUUCUGCUGGGAUUAUUAUGCUGCCUGAUACUGCCGGUUCUCAUUCAGCCGUCGUUGGCAAUCCGCGAUUUCGAGAUACGUUGGCGGGACAUCAACUGCUCGGUCGUUGAUCCCACGACUGCGGAGGUCUUCAAGUGCGAGAUUGUGGAAAUGCCGAAGAAGCAGGGAAAUUUCCUAAACACCCUGCUCCUGCUCCGGCGACCUGUCCAGAAGAUGUGGGUGGAGCUGAGUGCGGGACAGAUCGCCAAUCGGAAGGAUCGCUUUCUCCAGCCAAUCUUGAAGAUUCGAGUGGAUGGCUGUCACCUGAUCAGCUUUCGCAGCAAGAAUCGCAUUCUGAACGCGGUGCUCAAGAAGCUACUGCAAUCGGGAAACUAUCCAGAUUCCUGUCCCCUACUGGCGAACGUCAACUAUACCUCCACGCGCUUCGCCCUCAAUCCGGAUCACUUUCCCGUCCUCAUGCCGGACAUGAAGUUCAACACGAAACUGGUCUUCCAGCUGAGCAGGAACAUCAGCCUGAUCCGGGCCAGCGUGGAUGCCGAGGUGAUGAGACGAUCGUAAAGAGAAAUAUUUCAAUAAAGCACACGAAAAAGUACAUAAACCAGGGGCAAAUACUUCAAUCUAUUUAUGCGUUUCCAUGACUAAGUCGGUGGCAGUGACUAAUGGCUUUGGCAUGGGAUUUGCACCGCGGUUCACUUUUAGAUUAGACGGCUAUCUGGAGCAUUCGGUUUCCUUGUGGAUUUCUUGUGAAUAUCUAUAUUUAUCAUUGAACCCCCAGAAAAAUUUCACUGCCAUGACUUUCAAAUAUGGUUUUGAUCCACUUUUCGUGACUCAUGGCCGAGGAAUUUGGCAACAAACUGGUUGACUGAUUUCUGCACUUCACUGUUAAUUAACUAUAAAUAUGGGAUUUACCUGGUACCCCAAAGCAGAUUGAAAUAAAUAAGUAAGGGGACUAACUGAUUUCUGCACUUAUUGUUAAUCAAUAUAAAUUCCUA